AGUCGCCUUUGGUUUCGGUGUAGAUGUCGCCACCAUUAAACCGCACGUAAAAGUCCAUUUGUACAGUCGCUCUUUGGUGUAGCGGAGGUUCGUUGUCUUCGUUCAGAUAGACAUAGAAAUUUCCACUCGCGGUCUCGGGCCAAGUUUUGUGUUUCUCUGUGCUGAUUAGUGCGUCCGUUUGGUUCUGAACUGCGUUCCGUUUCACCCCAACUGUAGCUCCAUAACGUUACGACGGGUGAUGGGUGACAGCCAUUCUUCAGAUUGCUAAUUAUUGUUGUUUUCUCCGUUGACUCAAUCCGACUCGGCUCGGGCUCUCGUCGAUCGUUCAUGCAAGUGAAAGGCGCAGGGAGAAAAAGAACCUCUGCACACAUAAAAGAAAGGAAAAGAAGCGGGCAGCGAGACAAGGAAAGACAGACACAGAGAAAGAGAGCAAAAAGAUCACGAUCACGCAGCGCAGCGCGGCGGAGAACAUCGCGAGAAGAAGAAAGAGUAUCGAGAGCAGCGCCAACAAGAAGUGCCCGUACUGUCGAACGCCUCGGAAAGGAAAAAAAGAAAGAAGAAGAUUUCUUUUUUGACAUUUUGAUUUAUCUUUUGGCUGUCGUCUCGCAUGUUGUGGAGCAUUUGUUGCGCUGCUUAGAAAGAAUCCUUCCAAAAUUCGAGCCAGUUGACCCGCGCAAGGCCAACUAGAUAGCUACGUGCACGGCAUUAGGCGCUUUCUGGAAGCCAAAUUGACGCAGUAGGCCACGGCGUAAGAGUUGCAACGACGGCGGCUACGCUUACUGCGAGACUGACAGCUUCGGACGUCGUCCCUUCUAUGCGAAGCAGCGACUGAGGGAAGCGGAACGCUUUUUCUUUGCGAAUCGGUUCUUGUAACGCUGCAACACUGAAGAAGUUAGUGCAAACCCGUCUCAACAUGAUCCGUGACCCGGGUGCCGGCGGUCCGCACGAAGUUCCCGAACCUCAACCACCCAUAAAGUACGAUCGGAUCCCGUAUGAUCUUGGCCAUCGGCCACCAGUGCCGGCAGUGCCGCCACCCGUAAGCCCGAUGGACGUGGAUUCGGAAAUACCACUGGACAUGACCGUUCGCCGGAAGGACUCGGACCGACAGCCGUCAUCCAAUUCGUCAAUUGCAUCUUUGUCACCGGUAGCGCUGGUACAGACCACCGAUCUACCCAACUCGUUGUCGUCAUCGUCCAGCAGCAGCAGCAGCAACAGUAGCAACAGCAAUUGUGGCGCAGAUGUCCCAAUGAAUCUGAACACACGCCCGAGUGUGAUCACGAAGGCUCCGCCGCCACCGAUCAAGAAACGGAUCAGCAGCAUGCAUAGCAAUGGUGAAAUAGUGAUAAAAAGCGCUGUGGGUGAUAAUCUGUCUCCGGUCAACUGUGACGUUUUCAUCGAGGAACAUUUCCGGAGAUCUCUAGGUAAUACGUACGCUUCCAUCUAUGGAAACAACAACAACAACAAUCAGCCGAAAAGCAGUGGCAGUGAUACCAGAAACAGUAGUACUAGCAGCUCUAGCAGUAUUUGUAGUAGUUCCAGCACGAGUGGCAUUGGCAGUGUUGCCAGCAGCCUCGGCAGCGUUAGCCCCGUCGUCAGACACAAUCCCAUAAUCCCACCACCAAUAACGGUGGAGAUCUCGCCACUGAUCAAGGUAAAGCCAGAGCCUGCUUUGUUGGCCCAGCAGCAGCCCCCGCCGCCGUCGCCGCAGCAGCAGCAACUGCCGCCGCAGCCACCCACCCACAUCCGGCCGGAAAUCAACGUGAAAACCGAGCCGGGCACGAUGCAGCACGUGAGGCCAGACUCCGAGGAGGAAGUGGACGACCACUUUGCGAAAGCGCUCGGCAAUGACACCUGGAAGAUGAUCCAGGAGAAAAAGCUAAACUUGUGAGCAAACCCACGUCCACGACCGACCAUACACACUUCACAAUCAAACACACACGCCCCGAAAAACAGAAAGGACGACUCAAGGCUCUCGAAAAGAUUAAACUCGCCCAAAAGUUCCGCUGGUUGUGAGAGGGACUAAGUUGUCGUCGGCGUCUUCUAGGGGAGAAUGGUCAAUUGUUAACACAUUUAUACCAUUUUUUUAAAUUACUCGUACUAUAUUUACUAAUGCUGAUGUCUGUGUUAGGAACGCUUCUCUUUUAUAUUAUUACCUUUUAUAGCGUCACUUGUUCAAAACGAGCGCAUUUACUAAUUCCUUGUUGUUUGUUGUAAUUGAUAUUCUUUGUUCCUAGAGUUGUUCCCGAAAUUUCCACUUCCUCACUUUUUCCUGAUCCCUUAUUUCCUUGCCUUCCUACCCUUUUAAAACAAAUAUUGUUGGUUAUAGGAAAUAAACACCUAUUUGGAUAGUUUAUAAAGAUCGCAAUUCUUACAAUGUAUUCUCGAAAUUAUUUUCAAACGCAACCUACCCUAUUUUGAUCCAAGUAGAGCGUUUGCCCUUUUUGUUCGAAUCCAGCAUGCCGCGUCGUGCAACCAGGACUAAUCCACCAGGUACUGAUUUCGAAUGGUGCUAGAGCGAUAUCGAAUGCCAUCUACUCACCUUUGGAAGCCAGUACUUGCUGAGAUUUUGAGUUGCAAUUUAUUAUUUCUUCCUUCUUUAUUUAAACACUCUCACUUUACACUGUGCAAACUUAACGUUAGGAAAAAAACCGAGAAAAUCAAAAAUUUCCGUAAAUAUUGCAAUUACUCUUUUACUUUUUUGUAUACAGAUUUUUUUACUCCAAAUGGGCUUACUUAUAGAGCGUCGUUGAGACUAAGGGGAGUAACUAUCCUCGUGCGAGGAGGGCGUUUUUUAUAUAGUGUCUCUGAUAUUUUAAUUUUCCUUUUUUAUAUUAUUAUAUCAUCGAAUAAUAUUAGUGAUAAGUUUUAAAGAAGAGCUGAAAACAAUACCUAUUAACUAAAAGUGAGUAAAAAAUCAAAAAAAAAAACAACACUAGUUUUCAUUCAAUUACACAAACACUAGCUCGCAACUAUAUCAAAAGUGUACCAUCAGUUGCGUUGGCAGAGUACGUAUCGUGACAAGUGUAAAUUUUCUCCAUGAAAACGUAAUAAAUAUUUUUGUGAUAGCAACUUCCUUUAAGAGAGAA